UACGCCACUCUGGAGUCACAGUACUUGAACAUCUGUGCUUCGAGUACAUCGCUUUUUGCGCCCUUCGAAUCAGUCAAUCUUCCUGGAAAGGCUCCCUUCGACUACCUGUGUACGCUGUACGUGGAACAUUGCAAUACCGUUGUUCCGUUUCUCCACAUCCCGACGCUGAAACUCCGUCAACAACACUGGCUACUGAGUUUGUCCAUGGCGGCAAUUGGUAGUCACUAUCUCAAGGGACAGGAGUCCAAUACCUUUGUACUCUCGAUGCAUGAAUUCGUUCGCCGGCUUCUCGUUCUUGCUGGAGAAAGACCCGAGCAGAUGUCCCUUGACUUCGUCACACGCUAUCGAGUCACUUUGCUGCAUGCAAUCGGUAGCACAUACUGCGGCGACGAGUCUCUGAGAUCCCAAGGGCUUGACAUUCGAUCAAAACUUGAAAGCUACUUUAUGGACUAUCCAGUACAAUCGGAGCCUGCGAGAUUGGUUCUGACAGAAGGCAUAGAAAGUAAUUGGCAUCGUUGGAGUGAGAGGGAGUCUGGAAUCCGAUUGAAACAUUGUACUUGGCUCCUUGACUGCAUCUGGUCCUUCCAAUUCCAGACGCGGACGACUUUGUCUUUUAGCGAUGCUGCCAUCACGCUUCCUUCCAAUGACGAGACAUGGAAUGCAUCAAGCGCUACUGAAUGGUCUCAGCUCAUGCAAAAGAAAGAAGAUGGGACAGAUCUACUUACAGCCCUUGAUACAUUGUACAUGUCGAAAACAGUACCCGCAAGUUAUGGCGAGUUCUCUCGUGUGCUCCUGAUAUAUGGCCUUCAUCGUCGAUUAUGGGAAGUUGAAAGCUACUACAGUCAGGUUUUAUCGCAUUGGAGACCUGGCAAUCAACAGGGUCCUGGAGCUGGAUGUCUCCCAAGUCGUCCUAUAUGGCCUCCAUCGCUGGUGGUAUUCAAGCAAUGGCAGAAUCUUACUUGUGACAGCUUGGAUGUAUUACAUUGGACGGCAAACGCGACCAUCGGUGAAGCAAGUGGAUUUGAACACACGACAGUCUUACAUCUACACCUUGCAAGGGUAACGUUACUUACCCCGAUCCGUGAGAUUGUCAAUCUUGCAAGAUACCUGGCGGGUGAGAAAGGUUCCAAGACAGAAUCUGAAAUUACUGCGGACCGACAAGCUGUGCAGAGAUGGGCAUUCCAACAUCAAUAUAAAGCCCGUCUAGCAUCCAUCCACGCUGGAGUAGUCUUCUGGCAUGUGAGGAGAUUCUCAGCAAACGCCUUCUACGAACCAACAGCGGUAGCACAUGCAGCAUUGGUACUUUGGGCUUUCAGUGCCUGCUCUACCUCCAGAGGUGCAACUGCUUUAGCAGAAAAUGACAGCUCCGACAGCGAAAGUUCAUCCGAUACUAUCAUCUUGCUCGAUCGUCCUGCAGACGACGAGAUUGUGCAGGAGUUCGUGAUGAAUGGUCCUCGUAUGAGAGCGAACAUGACAGGAGUUGGCGAUUUGUACGGCGAGAAAGGUCCUGAACGCGUUCUGAGGGAGGGUUCAAAGAUAUUGAAGACGCUCGGUUGUUGGCGUGUUUGGGAAUCGUGGGCGAAAGUACUGGACCGACUGACAGGAGUA